AUGUCGGAUGAUAAUGUGGAGAAUCAGGCGGGGAAUUUGAACCUGUUUCGAUCCAAACUUGCGCUUAGGAGGACGGCAAGUGCGAGGGACCUAACAGAAGCGAUUUCUGUGGGGAAAAGAAAGGAAAGGGAGGCUGAAUCCGAGUUGAAGUUAGCAAAGGUUAAGGCGGAAAGGGAGGUUUUUAAAAGAAGUAAAUUACUGACUAGGUCCCCAGUAAAACAAAAAGAGAUGGAGGAGAUUAUGAAGAAGUUAGCAGAAAUAGAUACUAGGAUUAAGGAGGAAUGUGCAAAGGUGGGAAAAAGGGUAGACGAGCUGAAGGAAGAAGGGAGGAAGGAAAGGAAUGAACUGAAAAAAAUGUGGGAGGAAGAUAAGAAACAGAUGUAUAAUAAAAUAGAAGGAUUAGAAGAUAGGUUGGAAAAAUUAGAGAAGCGACAAUAUAGAAAUGUCGGUGGAGGGGGAAGAUUCAGGCGUGAGGAGAGGGCAGAUAGCGAGGGAAACAGGAAUAAGGAUGAGAAAAAUGGAGAUGGAAGUAGAAAAAAGGGAGAAAGAGGCAAGGAGGCAAAAUGUAUCCUGAAGGGUCUGGAUAUGAGAGCAGGAGUGGAUUGGAAACAGGAGGUUGAUCGGGUGUGGGAGAAGAUGGAAGUAGUAGCGGGAACAACGAGUAUGAGAAAGAUUGGCACGCUAGAUAAGGAGGGAAAGGGGUUACUUUUGAUAAAAAUGAAGGGGAUUGAAAAGAAAAAAGAGGUCAUGGCGGCAAAAAAUAAACUAAAAGGAGAGAAGUUGUAG